AUGACCACAGAAAAUCUGUCAACAAGAUACAAAUAAAAAGUCGUCAUCAUAAUAUCCUUUCUUUGUUUUGAAACGAAGAAAACUACAAAUAAUCUUAUAUUCUUUGCAUUAAACAACCAUGCUACGCACUAAAAUACACAUAGCAUUAAGUGCUCUGGGCAUCUUCCUAGGGUUUUCCGCGUUCAUUUGUAUCGGCAUUAUUUACGCCAAUGUGGAAGCCGGAAUGUGGGCGUUAUUAUCUGGCAUCAAAGCGGGCCUAGCACUGAUGCUGCAUUGCCACUACCUGAAGGAGUCUCUCCAUGCCAAUUUCUCCAGGAAGGCUCUCCAGUACAUCGGAGACUUUGGCAUGUUUGGCUUUGUGUCCGGAACAGCUCUCACCAUCUUCUAUGCAUUCAUGCAGAUCUAUUAUCAGGCUGAUCUGAUGCCAGUACAAACAAGCAUAGUGAUCCGGCUGGUGUGGUCGUUCAUGAUGACCAAGUGGGGCCUCCUGCUCUACCUCACCACCAAGAGGUAUCUCCGCACCUACAAUGACCAUCAGCUGUUCUCCGAGAACCCCAACAUUGAGGAGACGUAAACUAAAACAAAUGUGAAUAGUUUAUUUACGUAAUCAUAGUCAUCAUUUUCAUUUGGUAUGUAUGUAUUUUGCAUUUAUUUAUUAGGAAUUGUGUUGCAUGUUUACCAAAGAUGUGCACUUGCAGUGGCAAAUUAUUGUAGGUUUAAGUACUUGCCUAUAUUGCAAUAGUUUUAUCUUUUACUCACUGCUUAAAGCUGCAGAUUUUCACAACACAGUUGAAUCAAUCCUCUAGAUGGCAAUUCUGCUAGGAUGCAGUUACCAAGUAGCCUUGUGGCUUGAUGAAGCAAUUUGUGAAGCCAGAAUCGCUUGUAAUUGGAAAUAAAAGUCAUAAGAUUCCAAAUUAAUUGAUUGGUGCACUGUCACGAUUGAAUCAGCCACUGGACAUACAAGAGUAUCAAAAGAAAUAUUUGUUGUCCUUUCAUACUCUUUGCUCCAAUUUCCUUUGCUUAUCUUUGGUGGAAAUGUGAUCUU